GUGCCAGGCGCGGAGGCGCCUCCCGAGCCCGAACCAGAGCCCGACCCCGACCCUGCACCGGAAUCCUUCCCCGCCUUCCUUCUCCUCUGGUUCGACGACCGGACUCGCUGCUCCGCCACGCCGCAUUCGGAUCCGGCGCGGCCGCUCCCGAUCCCGCCUGCUCCCCUUCACCGCCCGGCACGAUCCGCCCCCCGCGCUCCGACUGCGCCCCGAGCCGGUCCGCGGCCGAGCCCGCCCCCCGGCGCUUCCGCGCGGCCGGCGCCAUGGCGAGCGCCGCCGGCAGCGAGCAGGCGCCAGCGCCGGCGGAGGCCGAGCCGCUGGAGCUCGUGCUGUUCCAGGUCGCCGAGUGCUACGUCUACCUGAUACCUCCGAGGAAGACGGCUGCCUCCUACAGGGCGGACGAGUGGAAUGUCAACAAAUGGGCAUGGGAAGGGGCGCUUAAGGUUGUCAGCAAGGGUGAGGAAUGCAUCAUAAAAUUGGAAGAUAAGAACACAGGGGAGCUUUAUGCUAGGGCAUUUCUGAGAGAGGGUGAGCCACAUCCGGUGGAACCUGUAAUUGAUAGCAGCAGAUAUUUUGUACUCCGGGUUGAAGAGAAUAUAGAUGGACGUCAGCGUCAUGCUUUUAUAGGUUUAGGUUUCCGUGAAAGACCUGAAGCAUAUGACUUCCAAGCUGCUCUACAUGAUCAUAUGAAAUAUCUAAACAAAAAGAAGGCUGCUGAAGAGAUGGUUCAACACUAUGAGAAGCAAUCAUCAGUGGAUUACAGCCUCAAAGAAGGGGAAACUUUGGUUCUUCAGCUUAAAAAUAAAGAAACCGGCACCAAGACAAAAUCAGCAUUUUUUGAGCAAGACCUAAACAAGCUCUCAGUGAGUGAAAAGACAAACUCCAAGGAGGCCCCUGUCUCCCUUAAACUUCCCCCACCUCCACCUUCACCCGUCUCUCCAACCGAUUCUGGAGUCGCCGCAUCCCCCUUCAAAGCAGAGUUUCCUCCCCAAGAACCUGCUGCUGAACCCGCCAGCGCAACCAGCGCUCUCUCCUCCAAAGCCGAACUUUCUCCAGAGCAACCAGCUGCUGCAGAGAAGGUCGAGCAAGAAACCGUGGAUGACGACUUUGGGGACUUUCAGGCUGCCGGGUGAUGUAUCAUGUAUCUUGUACAUACACCAUGUUACCGAGACUUUUAUUUUUAUUUUGUCUACUUGAAUCAGCUGUGACUUUUGCCGGCGCUCGUGUUGCUGUAUAGAGAGCUACAGUACCAUCUUAUAAUCUAUACAAAUACAUGGAGAAACCUUGUACCUUUCCUUUUUCA